AUGGUCUUGCACAUUACAGGCGAUGGCGCUCUGAGAUCCGCAACCGGCCUAGAAGCUCGCUGGUCCGGUUGGGGGCGUUGGACAUCCUGUCCCCGAAGCUGUCUGUCCCCUAGUCAUGUGUUCGAGCUGGAGCUUGGAGAUGGUUCCUCCCUGCCCCUAUACCGACAUGGAGAGGUGCAAAUAAGAAAACGUCAAUGCCUCUUCGGCCAUUUGUUAAACUGUCCAGGGGGGAUGAGGGCGGCAGAAGAGGUCAGAAACUGCCCCCCAAUACCGGCUUGCAGUACGGGCCUAUCGUGCUGGUCCCCUUGGUCCUCUUGCAUUGACACGAAGCCAAGCCUUACCCCUACAUCCAUUCUCAAAGUUCACAUGCAUGGAGUGCGCAGGCGCUGGCGCCAGUGUGUGAUUGGGAGGCGUGACUGGCCCAACAAAAGAGAGCAGCAGUGCACCGCAGCUCUGGAAGAGACCGAAUGGUGCGGUUACCAAGUUGAGUCGGAGAUGGAUCACCCAAAUUUCAAUCAUGUCGGCAAUGCGUCUUGGAGCGAAUGGACGUCAUGGUCUUUAUGCGAAAAGCUUCACCGGGAUGAGAGAAACACCAUUGAUGGUGAGGGCAAAGUAGUAUCCUGGUUUGUCCGUACUCGAGUCAGAAGCUGCUUGAGUAUCAUUGACUCAAUGGACCACCAUUUCUUCAUUACCAAUGAAUUCUGCCUUGGGUCUUGGAAGCAGCUGCGUUCAUGUGGGUCCACUGAGCUGCAUGCAGGCGUCCGUUACUACCCCGAUUCAGCGCGCGUGAAGUGGUUCACCUCAGUUUAUCUGCUUACUGUUGGAAUAGUUGCGUUUACCUUCGCAGCACUGCUGACUUGUAUAACAAUAAUGCUGUACCACUGGGGUUAUCGAAUGAUCGAUAAGAAUGCGUGCUGCAAAGUUACCCGAAUACAGGAUUCAAUUUUACCGAAGGUGAAAGAUAGCACACAAGAUUUCCCUGAUCAUGCAAAUGGCUUUACGGUUCCAGCGACGGACACCCAACACGACGGCCUGCAUGCUCGGAAACCGCACACCAUGGCCCCAUUAAACUUUUCUGGUCCGCCAAAACCUAUCUUAACGCUUCCGAUACCGGUGCCUGCUGAUUCACCGAACAAUAUACAAUUUAGGCAAGGCAGUUUUCGGCCACACACCACCCAAACUGUUUACGAUUCGGUCGCGUCGCAGGACGCGCUCACUACCCCACAUCAUCCUGAACACAAUAACAUCGGUGCUGCGGAAUCAGGAGACACGUUUGGCCGAGCAACUAACCGAAAACAUCAGAAACCUCGGCUUUCGAGUACAGAGCUUUCAUUCCAACCACAAAGCAAUAAUGGUCAUUCGUCGUGCUUUUUGCACAAACAACUAAAUAACAAAGCUGGUUCACUCCAGAAUUCCUUAGAUCCUCUUGAUAGGCCCUUCUUGUCCUUUGCACAACCAGUGCAGUCCCAACACUACCACCCUGGUGUACCUGUACAGACCGAAAUUCAAACGGAUCCUGCAACUGCAUAUGAAAAUAAGUAUAGAAAUCUCUUCAUCAGCUCUAUUUGCCCCGUAACUGAACUACUGAACGUGGAAACCUCUAAUGCCCCAUUAUCUCAACAAUUAAAACAAAACAAAAACAUUAUAACCUUUAGCAAAAGUCCGCAUACAACUUCUGUUGAUGAAUAUCCGCAGACUGUCUUAUCCAACCGAAAUGUUUCCGAGUUGGCAAAUACUGAAGUAGCGUUGGAAAUGUCUCAAUAUAAAGAAGUCCGCAGGCGAAGACGACAAUCAAACAACGAGUCUGCCUCACUUCGUGACAAAUCUGCCGAUCAGGAAGCUACCACAUGUGCACUGAGUGAAGAUGAACUGUGUUCGGUGUACUUAGACCGACCUAGAAAUCCCCAUCUGCGAGACUCUAAUGACGUUCCUCCCACAUCCGCAAGCUCUGGUUCCACCUAG